GAUCCGAGCUGCGGCCUGUCGCGCGGCGCCAUCGCCGGCAGCGCUGCAGGACUCGGGGGCGCGGCUCUGCCACACCAGGACUCGGGGGCGCGGCUCUGCCACACCAGGAGCGCUGCAGGACUCGGGGGCGCGGAUCUGUCACACCAGGACUCGGGGGCGCGGCUCGACCCGGGGCUCAGCCCCUGCGCAGGGUGCGGCGCGGUGCUGCCAGCAGCUCAGCUCAGCCCCUGUGCACGGUCCGGCGCGGUGCUGCCAGCAGCCCAGCUGUGUGGGACAGUCGGCGCGGUGCUGCGAGCAGCUCAGCCCCUGUGCAGGAUCCGGCGCGGUGCUGCCAGCUGCCAGCCCAGCUGUGUGGGGCAGUCGGCGCGGAGUAGAGGGAGAGACUGCGGUGGUGGGCGGCGGCUGACAACAGGCGGGCCAGCAGCGGCACAGGGGCAGAGAUGGCCUCCUCCCGGGUGCAUUCAGCAAUGGCCUGGACCUGGAGCAGCCUGAAGACACUGCCACUUGCGCACCUCUGUCUGGCAAUCACGUUCUUUCUCUCAGGACUCUGCAUCAACCUCAUUCAGCUGAUUCUCUACGUGACAAUCAACCCAUUCAGUGACCGACUUUUCAAGAAAAUUAACUACUAUUUGCAUUAUUCCAUUUGCUCUCAGCUGGUGUUCCUGGCAGAAUGGUGGUCCGAGUCGGACAGCCGCUGCUAUGUCGACCCCAAGGACGCGCAGUUCUUCGGCAAGGAGCACGUUCUGCUCGUCAUGAACCACACUUAUGAAGUGGACUGGCUGAUGGGCUGGCUGAUGGCGGACCGGUGCGGCACACUCGGGAGCGCAAAGGUGUACGUGAAGGACAUGCUGCGCUACGUGCCCAUCAUCGGCUGGUCGUGGGUGUUCUCCAGCAUCAUCUUCCUGCGCAGGAAGUGGGACGAGGACAAGGAGCACAUUGACCGGCAGCUGGCGGUGCUGGCCGACUACCCGGACCCCGUCUGGCUGCUCAUCUUCUGCGAGGGCACCCGCUUCACGGCGGCUAAACACGAGGCCAGCAUGGAGGUGGCCCGCCGCAAGGGUCUGCCCGAGCUGCGCCACCUGCUGCUGCCGCGCACCAAGGGCUUCACAUACUCGGUGUCGCGGCUGCGGGACAAGUUCGCCGCCGUCUACAACGUGACGGUGGCCUUCGACACGCAGAACUAUGCCCAGCCGACGCUCUACAACAUGAUGCUGGGCAAGAAGAUCGUGGGCGACCUGUACGUGGAGCGCAUCCCCAUGUCGGAGGUGCCCGAGGACGAACAGGAGGCCGCCGAGUUCCUGCACCAGCUCUACCGGAACAAGGAUAAGAUGCUCACCUCCUACCUGGAGACGGGCAGCUACAGCGGGCUGUCGGCCGCGCCAGAGCUGCCGCGCCUGCCCGUGGCGCGCCGCUGGUUCUCGCUGGUCAACACGCUCGGCUGGGCGGCGCUGGUGCUGAGUCCCAUUGUGCGCGCGCUGCUGGCGCUACUGGUGUCCGGCAGCACGCUGCAGGCCACCUCCGGCGCGCUGAUCAUCGCCGCCCUGUUCUUCGGCAUGUACAAGAUGAUCGGACUGACCAAAAUCAGUCGGGCCUCGUCGUACGGCCACUCGGACGGGAAAAAGUCCCAGUAGCUGGCCGGCGGGCGGCCGGCCCGGUGCUCGAGGUCCGACCGCCGGCCGGCGUCCUGCUCCUGUCAGGCGGCACCGAGAGCGCCGUCUAGUAUUACCCAGCCGGCUCGGACGCGCUGUAGGGGGACUGUAUUAUCCGGCUCCGCUGCCGCCGGACGUCGGCCGUCUCGGCUGACGGCGUGUGUGUGUGAGUGGGUCGGGCGCUGUGGUGUGUGCGUGUGUCCGAGCGGGGUGCUUUGGCGCGCGGCGUGCAGCCAGGGCGUCACUGCUAUGUCUAGUCGUGCCCUGCCGAUGGGUGGGGAGGCGGGCGGGGCCCGCGCCGCCGGGGGAGAGGUGUGCGGGCCGACACCAGGGAGGCCGGCCGGGCAGGGCGAGCCCAGUCGGCCGGGGGACACCGGUCCACGCAGGGCUGGGGAUUUUACCGCGCUGUAUACGUAGUCCUGCCGAAAUGGCUCAACAACCGCUGGGAAUGGACGGAAACUUGCAGCGCGACCGCGUCAGUUUUAAAUGGGUGCUGUGAUGACAGCGUACAAAAGUAUUUAUUAAUCAGUCUUGAGUGAUCAGAAGCUCCGAGGUGUGAUCAGACUGCAAGUUUGCGUUGUUUUUCAGUCGUAACUAUCGACGUACCAAAUGAACGGGUUCCAGUACGCGGGCUCGGCGCGUGUGCUGGCCGAGCAUGUACUCCACAUGGUAUGCAGUUCCACGGGGUGGCCGGGGCUCGUCCGACCGCCGCGCGGCGGCACGUCGCGGGGCCACUUCCACAGCGGCGCGGGCGCGCAGGUCAAACGGGGCGACCCGGUGCCGCCAGCCAUGACGUGUUUGUGAUCGCUGUCGGCCACCGUGAUGUGGGUUUCCUCCGGGGCAUUGUGAUACCCUCGCACGCCAAUUGCUGAUAUCCGUGCCAAUAGUUGGAUCACCUAGAAAUGAAAAUACAUGUAAUUGGAUCGAC